AGCUGCACCAGCCAACGUACGAGGUCAUCUCUGAAAGAACGAAUGGAAAAUGGAAGCCUUGGAGGCAAUAGUGAAGAAGUUAUUGACCUUUUGGAAGAUAACAGCUCUCAAACAGCAUUUGCCUUGUGUUUUAUUAUUUAUUUCAUUCACGGGAUCCAUAAUAAAGUGUUUCCUCUCAAUGCCGGAGACCUAUUUUAGUAACAAGAGAAAUUUCCUGAACGUGUACUUAGUCAAAUUUUCCUGGGCUUGGCAUCUAGCCUUGCUGCUGCCCUUCAUUGCCUUCUUCAACUCCAUCAGCAAUACUUGGGGCUUUGUGCUGCAGCGACUGAGUUCACAGCUGGUCUCCACAGCUGUAUGGUACAUCUGCACACAGUUUUUCUUCUACUUGGAGGAUGUCACAGGCACCUGCCUGGAGAACACAACGAUUACCACGAAGGCAGCCUGCAGGAAUGUCGGAUUCCAGUGGGAUGGCUACGAUAUCUCUGGACACUCUUUCAUACUUGGUUAUUCCACCCUUGUGAUUGCGGAGGAGCUUGCGCCAAUGACCUAUGUGAAGAAGGCCGUGGGCUUUCACAGUCACACAAGUGCAGCCCUCAGUGGCCUGUAUGUGGCCCUCAAUGCUUUGCUCGCAGUCUGGAUAUGGAUGUUUGGCUGCACCUCUGUAUAUUUCCAUGAGAUUUUCCAAAAACUCUUGGGGACAGGCUUUGCAAUAGCAGGUUGGUAUGUGACAUAUCGUGUAUGGUUCCCAAAGCCCUUCUCUCCGGGAUGCCCUACCCAGCACAAGGGGAAAAGGCUGCAGGCCUAGGCUGAGACCAUGGAAAUCAGCCCCAAACACUACGUAAACGCAGCAUCGGCUUCCUCACUGGGUCCAAAUUGAUUUUUCUUAUUCCACCUCCAAAAAAGGUCAUUUGGAACAAAAGGCUUGGUUUCUUUGUCAGCAGGGGGUAUUUAAAAUGGAGACGUGUGCUGUGUCUCUUUGGCAUGUCCACAGCUCUAGGGAUCACAUUUCAUAAAUUAUUCCAGUUAUUGACUUGGUUCUUUCCUAAUUACCCAGGUAUUGUAAUAGUUCUGAGUUAAAAUACUUUCUAUAAAUGUUCUGAUUUAAAAUUCAUUUAGUUCAAGCCACAAACAUUGUUUACAGAAAAAAAGUCAUGCCAUAUUCUUCCCUUUUGUGUGCAAUGAGCUCAAUGUACUGAACGAACUGUUAGUUCUAUCAAGUUCAAUUUAAUACCUUUAGAUGAAGUCGAUGUUUUUAAUACUAGUUACUUGAUUUGCAGCUCUAAUUCCUACUCAAAGCCAAAGCAUGUAAAACAUGUAUCUGCAUGUGUGUUUCUGGUACAAACUACAGUUGAUGAAAAUUAAUAGUUCAAAGUAUUUGUAUGGAAAUAAUUUACAUAUAUAAUGUAUACAUCUGUAUAAUAUACAAUAUUAUAGAAUUAGAAAGCAGAAUAGCUUAAAGUGUGAUCUGAGGGAUUCCAAGAAUGAUUUGUUAGAAAGAAAUCUAUUACAGCUGUUUCUGUGUUUUUUUUAUUCACCCAAAAGGCUGCAUAAAUACUCCUAGAAUGCAUUGGCCAUAAUUUUACAUGUACUUGGAUAUUAAUAAAACCAACGUGGUUAAAAACGCAGUGUAUUAACACAAUUUACUGUCAAUUCCAGAUCCUCAUAAUAUUUGUCAUUUCAGGCUUUCAGAGAAUACCAAGACCGUGCUGUAUGUAUAGUAUGUAAAAAUAAAAGACAUUGCCCUCGA